AGCUCCUACCUAGUCUUGGGGAAGGUUGAUAAGAAGGCUGAUAGAGAGAGAGAAAGCCUUUCCCUGGAGCUGAAGCCCUAAUUUGGACUUUUAACCUACUUUAUUGUGAGGAAAUAAACUUUUCUUUGUUAAAUCCAUCCAUUUGUGGUAUUUCUGUUACAGCAGCACUAGAGGACUAAGACUUCUGUUGGAAUUGUUGGUAUGUACUGAGAGUAAGGGGGGUGGUAUAGAAAAGUAUGAAGAAAUUCAAAGGGUAUGUGAUAAUAGGUACAUGUAGACUAAUACACAGAAAGUCAAUUUAAGAAAAAGGCCAAUCUCCUGGACAAAAGUAAGUGGCUAUUUUCAAUAUAAGUUUGUAAUUGCUUACUUUUGCCUGGUUGCUGUUCUUGUUACCUCAGACACAAUUGUGAAGAGAACAUUUCAAAAUACCCAGAUUUUGAUGUAUCUGGAGAGAAAUAAGACCAGGAUGUUUGGGAUGUUGACAAGAAUAAUUGUAGUAAUAAUCAUGAAGUCUAAGGUGGGCAGGGGAAGAAUUAAAUAAAGGAGGUAACAAAAGAGAAAUAAUUAGUGGAAAACAGUGUUGUCAGUGGCAUCUUGGUGUGAGAAUUUGUUUUGUCAUUUCUGAGAUGUUAAAGGGAAGGGCAAAUGUUUGUGAUCUUAAGGUAAUGUUUUAAUUUUGGAUUCGUAGUAGUCAAUCAAUUUCCAGAUAAAACAAGAUCCAAGAUGGAGCCAUGAGAGUUGGAAGUUCAAGCGUAUUGGUGUUGGAGACAUUGACAUCAAGAUUUUGAGAACUGUAGAAGCAUUGUAUUAAAUGUGUGGUCUGUGUUGGCACUGAUGUCAGCUUUAUGGAAAAGAGACACAAUGAUCUUGGUGCCAAAAUCUUCAAUAAAUAAGGAGUGACCUGGGCAUAAAUAAGUGACAACAAUGAAGACAGGUAUAAACUUCAAAGCAUCAGAAGAGUUUACUCAAUGCAAGAUGAUGAAUCAUAUCUUAUCUCGAGCAAAUGUGAAAUCUGUGGAGAGUUACAAAUUGAGCAGCCUGCAGAGAGGUGGCCUGGAGAGAAGCAGGUCUUCAAGUGGGAGCCAAGUUUUAGUUUAAGCAAGGGUGGGUAAAAUGAUUAAAGAUGUUGGAGAGAACAAAAUAAAAAUGAUACUAAAUUUAUGGUCCAGAGAUCAAGAGUAUUCAAAAUUUUAUCUCUGAUCUUUCAUAUUAACUCUUUGGGAAUCAAUUUUUGGAAUUUAUUUCCUUUUAAUUACAUUUUUUCAAUUUAUUACACUUUUAUUUAAGGUAUUCUCAUAACUUUAAAACAUAUUUUGACAUCUGUGUUCAAAAAACUCUAUUUCCUUCUAUUAAAAUUAGAUUACUUUAACAAUUCUUCACAUAAUUUAAUAUUUUGAAAUUUCUGCCUAGAAUACAUGCCUUUAUUCUGAAUGCAGAACUAGCCUGAAGUUUCUCCUGGUGGGUCAGAGCCACCUUCUAACAUCUGUUUGAUGAUUGCCUGCAGACCCAAAUUAUUUGCAACUGUGAUCUGGAGGGAUUUAUUGUGAUUUUUCCAUGGCCAAAGGCAACCAUUCAGAGGUGACUCAAUUCAUCCUUUUGGGACUCACAGAUAACCCAGACCUUCAAGUCAUUCUCUUUAGCGUCUUCCUAGUGAUCUACUUAAUUAGUGUCCUGGGUAAUCUUGGUUUGAUUGUGCUAAUCCAAAUCAGCCCUCAGCUUCACACACCCAUGUAUUUUUUUCUCAUACACCUGGCUUUUGUUGAUUUUUCUUUUACUUCAUCUGUCACCCCAAACACCUUAGUGAACUUUUUGUGUGAAGUUAAAAGUAUAACAUUUUAUGCAUGUGCCACUCAGGUGUGUUGCUUUAUCACGUUUGUAGUUUGUGAAGUCUACUUGCUCUCAAUCAUGGCAUAUGAUCGGUAUGUUGCCAUCUGCAACCCUUUACUCUAUGUCGUUCUCAUGCCUAGGAAACUUUGUAUUCAGCUGGUUGCUAGCACAUAUGUUUAUGGUUUUACUGUGGGUCUUGUACAGACAGUGAUGACAUUCUGUUUGUCUUUUUGUGACUCCAGUAUGGUCAACCACUUCUACUGUGACGAUGUCCCUUUGGUUGCUUUGGCCUGCUCUGACACUCAAGUCAAAGAGCUGAUGUUAUUAAUCCUUGCUGGGUUCAAUACACUUUUCUCUCUACUGAUUGUGUUAAUUUCCUAUGGCUUCAUUGUCCUAGCCAUCCUUAGGAUCCACUCUGUUGAAGGAAGACAGAAAGCCUUUUCUACCUGUGUGUCCCACCUGACCUCCAUCACAAUAUUUUAUGGGACCCUUAUUUUUAUGUACCUCCAGCCCAAGUCAAGCCAUUCUCUGAACACAGAUAAAUUUGCCUCGGUGUUUUAUGUAGUGGUGAUUCCCAUGCUAAACCCACUGAUCUAUAGCUUGAGAAACCAGGAGGUAAAAAAUGCGCUGAAGAGAAAUAUGGAAAAGUUGUGUUUGGCUAUCAGAUAAAUGAAGAACCAUAGGGCAGGGAUCAGGAAACUUUGAGUUAUGGCUUUUCUAGUGUCACAGUGUUGGUAAAUGACAAAGCCAAUUCCAUUACUUCAAAUGUUCAGACUCACAUUUCUGAGGUAUACCUCUGUAGACUCUAGGGGAGUGAGAUCCACUGUUUAUUCCCAGUGACUUUUCACAUGAAAUACAUUUUAUAAAUUUUAUUUGGGUUGUUGAAAGAAGAGAGAAAGAGAGGGAGGGAAGGGGGCAAAGAGAGAGAAAUCCGUCUUGGCCGUGAAAUCCUUCAUCAAUAGAGAAUUGGGAAAUAUUUAUUUUACCUGAAAUCCAUGUGAAAUUGAGAAAUUCAAGUUACAGUAAAGUAGGUGAAUAUCUGGUAUCUUAUAUUGAAAAUCUGCUGCGUAGAUUAUCUAGAAAACAUGCCAAAGUUUAAUAGCAGGAAUUUCGAGUUUGAGCACUCUGCAUAGUUUCCCUAACCCUCCACUGUCUCCGCACCUGG